AUGAAGCGCAAACUGGAUGCCAACGACGCGCCAACGGUGGAGGUGGCCCCCGAAAGCCAGCCCGAUGAUCCUUCGUUCGACAGUUUCGGUCUCGACCCUCGCCUGAUGCAGGCCGUUGCAAAGGCAAAAUUCUCGGCCCCUACCUUGGUGCAAGCGAAAGUGAUACCUUUGGCACUCGAAGGAAAAGAUAUACUCGCAAAGUCAAAGACAGGGAGCGGCAAGACCGCCGCCUACAUACUGCCCAUCCUCCAGUCGAUUCUCCGCCGAAAAAAGACCUCACCGAAGGACAAAGCCACCUCCACUCUUGUCCUUGUACCCACGCGUGAACUGGCAGAUCAAGUGCACAAGGCUUUCGGCUCACUUUCGGCAUUCUGUUCCAAGGACAUACAAUCAUUGAACCUGACUCAACGGCUGUCAGAUGCCGUGUUGCAGGCCGUGUUGCAGGAUUCCCCCGACAUCAUCGUGUCAACGCCGGGAAGAGUGACCCAAUACUUGAACUCGGGUAGAUUAUCUCUUGACAGAAUCAGUCAUCUUGUUAUUGACGAAGCGGACAUCGUCCUGUCUUACGGAUACGAAGAUGAUAUCAACACAAUUGCCUCCAUUCUCCCACGCGGCGUGCAGACCUUCCUGAUCAGUGCGACCUUGACACCAGAGGUGGAGGAGUUGAAAACAAUAUUCUGCCGUGAUGCGGCGGUGGUCAAGAUCGACGAAAAAGAGGAAAAAGGUGAAGGAGUGACCCAGUACGUCGUCCGCUGUGGGGAGGAUGAGAAAUUUCUGCUCAUGUUCGUUUUGUUCAAACUGCGCCUGGUCAGGGGCAAGGCCAUCAUCUUUGUGCAAGAUGUUGACAGAAGCUAUCGCCUGAAGCUCUUUUUGGAACAGUUUGGGAUCAAAUCAUGCGUGCUGAAUGCCGAGCUCCCGGUCAACUCCAGACUUCACGUCGUCCAGGAGUUCAACAAAGGCUUGUACGACAUUCUCAUCGCCGCCGAUGAUCAGGAGGUUCUUGGCGGCAUCGUCAGGAGACAGAAGGCCCAGCUGCAAACUCUCGAUGGUCAGGAGAACGAAAUGAGCGACGAGGAUGACGGAGUCGAGCAACAUGUUUCGAAAAAGGCCAAGAUUUCGAAGAACGAAAAGGAUUAUGGUGUUUCCCGAGGCAUCGACUUCCAAAAUGUUGCCUGCGUCAUCAAUUUUGAUCUCCCGCAAAACUCAAAGUCGUACACACAUCGCAUCGGCAGGACGGCGAGAGCGGGAAAGGCGGGCAUGGCGUUGUCGUUCGUGAUCCCCAAAGACCGUUUCGGCAAACACAAAGCCACAUGUAUCCCAUCGGCUAAGAACGAUGAGCGUGUCCUGGAGAAAAUCAUUGCUCGGCAGGCAAAGAAGGGCAAUGAGGUGAAGCCUUAUCAUUUUGACAUGGCCCAGGUUGACGCCUUCCGCUACCGCAUGAACGAUGCCUUGCGAGCUGUCACUCGCGCGGCGGUUCAUGAAGCCCGCGCCCGAGAGAUCAAGCAAGAGCUGAUUAAGAGUGAGAAGCUAAGGAAACAUUUUGAAGAGAAUCCAGACGACCUCCGCCAUCUCAGGCACGACGGCGAACAUGGUGCUAUUGUCCGACAUCAAUCCCACCUCAAACAUGUUCCAGAUUAUCUCUUGCCGCCGCAAGGCAGGAAGGGUGUGACUUCUGAGGACAUUGGCUUUGUCGGGUUAAGAAAACUAGACCCGGACAGCAAACGAAAGGAUAGCAAGAAGCGAGGCGGCAUCCGCAAAGGCCGUGCAGGCGGGAAAACAAGGGGGAAGGUUGACCCGUUGAAGUCUUUCAGUGCCAGAAAGCGACGCUGA